AUGUCUAGUAAUAUAUUCGCAGUAUUCAAUCCACCUCCUACGAGGAAUCUUGAAGAUGAUGAAUCAAAGGAUUGUUUACCCUGUCAAAUUAUGAGCACUGUUUUUUCAGUUGGCUUUGGAUCAUAUCUAUUAAGUGGGAAGGCAUUUGAAUAUUCUAUGAAAGAUAAAAUGAAGGGUAUAACAGUAGAAGAAUUCAAUAGGAUGAAUCCUAAAUGGUGGCGGGUAUCAGUGAAGAAUCUGGGCGGAGCGUUUAUUAUCCUUGGAUUGGUUAGGGGUACGGAGGGAUGGCUUUGGACAACAAAAAAGCUUGAAACAGUGUUUUCAUCAAGUAAUUAG